CAUAGAAAACAAGAAAAGAUUAUGGCUACUUCAAAGGAACAGUUGGAUAACUACAACUUUGCGAAUUUGGAACCUCAGGUUAUUACUGCACGGGCACAACUGCAACAGCUGCUGUCUAGAGAAGACUUGCACUUGGAAAGAAACUCUGAAGAUAAUAGCACACUCACGUUGGAUUCCUUGGCAGAAGAAUUCGACGAAGCUCUCAGUAGUUUGUCUAUGGACACCAACUCCGCUGUUCGACUUUUAUCUGAAGCACGGGCAGUGGCGGAAGACCGGUUGGGGUUGGGUUCUACAAACUUGGCAAGCAUGGACGAAACUUUUGCAGAGCUGCCUCUAGCUAAAGUACGUUCUUCAGCCGCAGUUUUCGCGCGACUACUGGAGGAAAGCAAGGAUGAACAAGUGUUGAGGGAAACUUGCUUGGGACUUUGUCAGCUUUUUGGUGACGGUAUCCAGAACGACAGAAUUCAAGCUAUUUUAGAGACAGACGUGGUACCGAAACUCAUUGCUUUAUUGCAACCCCAACAAAAGAGUGACGGCGUUCGAUUCCCUGUCUCGGUUGCUGUUCAAAGUGCAGCUUUACAAGUAAUUGGGAAUAUUGCCUGUGGGGAUGACAGACAAACGCAAAUCAUAAUCGACUGUAAUGCACUUCCCUGUUUGAAGGCACUUCUUUCAAGCCCGGAGAAAGGAAUUCGAAAGGAGUGCUGUUGGAUUAUAUCCAAUAUUACUGAAUCUGCUCAUCAAGUGGAAGAUGUCAUCGAGGCAGAUAUAUUGCCUACUCUCAUUGAACUGAUAGAUAAUAGCGACGUGGCUUGUCGAGAAGAUGCUUCCUGGGUUUUAUAUAAUAUAACCGCAAACUUUGAUGAAGGUCAGAUUCAGUAUCUUGUGGACAAGGGAGGUAUCAAUUCCUUUUGUAAUUUGUUGGACUCUACCAAAGAACUGGAUGUCUUCUGGAAGUGCUGCAGUACAAUUUCUUCCAUAGCGUUAAAAGGUUUGAGAAAUGUUUUGUUUGUAGGAGAACAGUUGGCAAGAACAUAUGGCAAGCGAUAUAAUCCUUACGCAGCACUGGUAGUCGAAUGCAAUGGAGUAGAAAAAAUUGAAAUGUUAGCACAAAGCUCGAAUAUGGAGCUUGUUAGACGAGCUUUGUCUAUCAUUCAAACCUUUUUUGGUUCCGAAUCUAUAGCAAAUUCUGUAAAUAUACGAAAGCGGAUCUCGACGUUCAAACCAGAAGUACAAGAGUCGACAGAGUACGAAAAUUCGGAGUCAGAAGAGUCUAUCUGUUCCGAACUGGAUGACGACAUAAGUGAUCAUGAUUUACUUCCUCCAGCAUUGACACCUUGCCAGUGUGUCCUUUGCACAGAUAUUAAUCCUCUAGUGGAUAAAAAGUCGAAACUUAACUCUGAAACCAAAACAGACCCGACACAAGCCUUCUCGCAACCUUUAGGUGCCUGUGAUUUUNGAAGAGCGGUUCGCAUGGGACAUUCUCAUUGUUUGGCUGCAAUACUUUCACGUAUGAAAUGGAGUGAUCGAAGCGCAGCGAUAGAAACCCCCGCAGCAGUUCGACCGGUUGGGAACAAGUCAAAUAGUCGUUCCAAUCAUUCGAAUUCUAUGCCGGAAACGUCAUUGCCAGCAUUUGUGUUGGCAGCCAAGUUGGGAAAACCUCUCUGUGUGGAGAUGAUUGUUCGAAAAUGUAAACCGGAGCUCGAUGCAACUUUUGGUCGUAAACGUUUGACAGCUUUGGCUUGGGCAGCGUACAAAGGUUACUUGCGAUGCUGUCAAAUAUUGUUGGAUAGUGGUGCUAAUCCCCAAGCCCGAUGUGCGGAUGGCCUUACUGCGCUACAUUUAGCUGCGUCUUCUGGUUAUACUCGCAUUGUAUCUCUUUUAUUAGAACGUGGAGCCCAAGUGGAUGUGAAGUCUGCUAAAGGACAGACUCCUUUAUUCCAUGCUUGUCAGAAAGGUCACAGUCAAGUUGUUCAAAUGUUGUUAUCAGCCGGUGCCAACGCUAAUCUUCAAGAUGAACAACAGUUAUCAUCAUUGCAUCUUGCAGCUAUUUAUGGUCAGUCAGAGUGUGUUCGAACUCUCAUUCAUGAAGGACAUGCACAAGUGGACAUAAAGAAUUCGAGCGAAACAACGCCUUUACAUUAUGCAGUCAGAGGAGGUCAUGUAGAAGUGGUCAAGUGCUUGAUGGAGAAUGGCGCAAUUCUUUCUACCGGAGUUAGCACUCUAGGAGGAGGAGCCUCACAAGGAGGUUCUUUGUUGUUUAUUGCUGUGGAGAAUGGAGACUUUGAAUGUGCACGCACUCUUCUCGAUUUUGGUUGUUCCGUACACCAAACGGCUAACCUUAAACUCUUGAUUCACAAGGAUCAUGAAACGAACGAUUGCUUGCAACCUCUUGCCUUGGCAGCAUCAAAAGGGCAUGCGGACAUUGUUGACUUGUUGAUUCAACACAAUGCGGAUGUUCAUGUGAAAACGAGUAAAGGCUGGUCACCAUUGGACUUGGCAGUUCUUAAUGGGCACACCGCUUGUGUAAAAAAGUUGUUGAACUAUGGAGCAACUGUGGAUGAUAAACUUAAAACUUUGGGAAAGAUGAGUUUCACACUUGUUCAGUUCUCUGCUAGAUUUGGUCACCGAGAAAUGUUGCGCGUGUUAGUGGAACAGCUAAAAUCCCAGCAAGAAAAUAAGAAUGUUGAUUCAGUACCUAAUUCGUGUGACCGGUCCCUUUCCUUCCAGCAGUCUUCGCAAAUGAAUGGCUCUUCUUCAUUAGAAGGCUCUAGUUUGAACACACCAAGCAGCUCCAGUAGAACCACUGGUCAGUCAUCAACAGUGGUUACCAAGAGACGACCACAACGAGAUGUUGGUAAAGGUGGAAAUGUUAAUGGUGAAGAUUUUUUCAAACGUGAAAGAAAGCGAAAGGAAGUUGAAGCUAACGAAGUUUUGACAAAGUUAGAUGACGCAAUUAACUGCAAGUCCAUUCCGAAACUGACGGAAUCGAUUGCCCACGCAAACAAGUUGUUAUUACAGAUUGCAGCGCUACGUCCCGAUUCUCAGCCCGUUAGUGUUCCAAAGGAAGACAAAUCAUCUAAAUCAUCUUCUACGGGGUUGGAUGACAAAACAGGGUCUUUUCAUCAGAGUAUUAUGGAAGGCUGGUCGAGUAAUGGUUCUUCAGAAGCUGUGAAUAAACCUCAAGAACUUGUCAAUGACUUGAGUCAUCAUUCUCAUCAUCCGUUUUCCUUCGGGCGGAAACUUGAAUAUCAUUUGAGUAAGAACAUCCAAAAAGCUCGUGAUACUCUUUCCAGAAUCCAAGAAGAGGAAAGGCGUUGGAGAGAAGAGAAAUUGGAAAUGGAAAGAAAAAUUAGUCAAGAGCAAGCACGCAAACAGUUGUCGGAAGCUUUGUCCUCGGUAGAAAAGAUUGGUGACCAUAAAGCAUUGACAAGAGCGCUGAAACGAGCGGAAAGGUUAGGAAUGACUCAAGACGCGUUGUAUCAAGAGGCACUUGAAAUGAAUGAGAGAAUCAAAAAAGCAAUGGAUGUGGUGAAAUGUCUCCAGGGUGCUCAAACAAAUAAACAGAUGGAACAAGUGGAGGAGUUGAUCAAACAAGGCAGAAAGUUGACUAGUUGUCUGCCGGCACUGUUAUGCACAAAAAUCUUUGGAGACAUGAAUUCGGUGUUGGAAAGUGCUGAAAUAUGGUUUCAUGAAAAGGAAAAAGAAAAGGAAGAAGCAGUGGCAGAACAACGUAAGAAAGCAGUAGAAGAACAAAAACUUAUUAAAAAAGCACAUCCUUACUUGGAAACUGCUGAAACCACAACUUCCUCAUAUUGUGAAGUAGAACAAUUGGUGAAAGACAUGGAACAGUUUAUAUCGCAACAUUCGGAAGAUGUAUCAGUUGAACUGAAGUCAGUCAUGGAUUCGAUGAAGAAGAAACUUGUGAAGAUUGUGAAAGGUGAACGAAAAAGAUUGCGGCAGCUUGGUAGCUUACAAGACGAAGAAUAUAUUGAAGGUGAAUUGGAUAGUAUUCGUGCAUUGGGUCUGAAUGCAUUAGCGCGUGAUAUUCAACAAGUAGAACGACAUUUACAAAGGUUGCGUGCCACAAAAGCUGUAGGUGAACGAUUUCAGAGUGCAGUAGAGUCGAAUGACUUGGAAAUGAUGAACAAGUGGAAACAGGAAAUGGAAUCUCUGGGUAUGAUAAAGGAAGCAGAGGAAGCAAGAGUUGUUAUAGAACAACUCAGAAGACAAACUUUUUUCAAGUCUCAGUUGGAGACCUUUUUGGACGAGACAAGGGAAUUGCUGGAAGCUGCUCCAGAGUCGGUGGAAAAAUGGCCAGAUGGUCGUCGUUUGAGUGUUUUAUGUAAAAAAGCGAAGAAAUAUGACGGCUUAGAAGAGUUGAUUGAAAGCGGUCACUUGUUGGCACAGCGCUUGGGUGAAUGGUGUCGGUCCAAACUACUCUCAGAAAGUGAAUGUGAUGACCCGAAAGUUAUAUCGCAGGCAGUGGAAAAUUUUGUAGCAUCAUUGGCUGAAGAUCAAUAUGGUGAUGAGGCGGUUACUUUUGGUUCUUUGUUUGAUGCAGAGAAAUGUGAAUCAGCCUGGAAACAUGCAAGGCAACGGUUGAUGGAUAGUCAGGCUCGUAUUCAAGAACAAGUUUGGAUGGAGUUGAGCUCUUCCAAGUUGGAAACAAGCAAUGUAAUGACAAAAACCUAUGAAGGUAUUGAUUCGGAUAAUGGUUUGUCUUACCCGGAUGCCGAAGACUCCACCAAAGUAGAGGAAAGGCAAGAUUCAGGUUCUUAUAACGAAAAAGUUGUGAAUGAGAGAAGCCGUAACAAUCAGGUGUCGAAGAAAAGAUUAUCACGUCAUUUGCAUUUAUCCAACAGCCCAUUAGAAGUGCUGCGUAGCUACUCAUCCAGUGAAGAGAAUACUGGUCAAACAAGCUAUAUCGCGCAAGAUGAAACAAGUGAGGAAUGCAAUUGUAUCCACCAUUAUGUUUGGUUGGAUAAAAAUGAAGCAAUAUGUAACAAAUGCAAGCAUGUUGUUGUUUGCCAAAAUAUGGAAUGGUUGGAAUGGGUGAAACUGCGAACAUUACGAGAAAGAGGAGCCUUGACUCGUCUUGUGGAUAAACCAAGUAGAAGAGAAGAGGAAACAGUUUCUGAAGCUACAAGUAACCAUCGUUUCAAGCAUGAACCUAGGCACUCUUCCUCUUCAUCGUCUUCAUCUAGUUCAUCGUCACCGAAUCCCUUGACUUUUAAGAAACAACUUUCCUCUGUUACCUCUUCAUAUGGACAUGUCGCUCACACGUCAGUUGCAUUGGAUCAAUUCUAUACGACAUCAUCUCCAUUGGAAGUGGAACAUCCCAGUGGUGUCGUGAAUGGUUUACAGGAUACUAAGUCGGACCAGUCGGUUAGCUUUGGUACUUUUAUGGAUAAUGUCACUAGAUUGAGCGACCAUCUUAGUGGUUACUAUGCAGGUAGCAAACCUGUGCAAUCGGUUUCCUUUAGUUAUCCCGAUAUGACCGAGAUAAGUAGUGGCCGUGCAUUGAAUACUAGUGGUCUAUGGAACCAUUCGUCUGCAUCGAGUAAUAUGUUGUUUGGUGGGAAUGACCAUCAUGAUAUUUCGGAAGAGUUUGCCAAGGAGAACUUUGGUUUUCAUAUCGAAGACAUUGUGGAUGAAGAUAGUACCGGUAGAUAGUAUAUAAUGAAAACAUAUGAUGGGACUUGAAAUAUAUUUUCCCUCUGCUCUUCGUCUUUUUUUAAUAAAGCGAUCAGAAAUCAA